GCGCACACGGCGAGUCGCGCGCGCGCCGAGAGGACCGGAGCCCUAUGGAGCCCCCGGCCUUCCCUCACAGCGGCCUGGCCACCGUGCGAGCGGCACCCGGGAGCGACGCGACCCUCGUUCUGCCUCUCCCCACCGGCACACCACCCUUCAACUAUCAAUGGAGUCGCGCGGGAACGUCGCUAGACGAACGGUUUCAGGCGUCCGACGACGCGGGCGGAGUCCGGCUGACGGUGUCGUCGGCCCGGACCGGAGACACCAAUGUGUACACACUACAGGCGAGCAAUGCAGCCGGCAGUGACACGAGCCGGGUGCGCCUGGAGGUGUGCGCUGACGAGGCACCCACAGGGGAAGACCCCCCGACCUUCCUGCGGCGUCUGCAGGACCUCACGGUGAAGGUCGGCACCAGGACCCGGUUUCUCGUGGAGAUUGUCAGCUCGACUGAGUGUAAGGUGACAUGGUUUCGCAAUGAACGUCGGCUGCUCGAAGCUGAGCGGGUAGCCCUAGCUCGGGACGGCAACUUCUGGUGUGCUGACGUCGCCGCCAUCAGCGUGGACGAUGCCGGCCGGUGGACGUGCACUGCGGAGAACGCUGGCGGACGGGCCAGCUGUUCUGCUCAUCUUAAUGUGCUUGUACCAAAAGCCUACAAGCGUCCUGAAUUCGUGGAAGAGCUCCGCGCUCUCCUGACUGAGCAGGGGACGGUGUCGCUCGAGUGCAAGGUGGUCGGCGUGCCCACGCCCGUGCUGAGGUGGUUCAAGGACAGUCGCGAAAUAAAAGCAGGUGAUGUGUUCGCAUUAACAGCGAAUGCGGAAGACCCCACCUCUCUCGGCACGUACACUUGUGAGGCAGUCAACUGCAUGGGCCGAGCCUACUCCUCAUCGAAGGUCCAUGUCGUCGGCCGCGGCAGCAGGGAGGGAUCCGCUAGGCCGAGUACCAGCAGCGUAACUCCAGAGCCUCCGCCGAUCUUCACGAAGGAGCUAGAGGACCAGUUCGUGAGGGUCUGCGAGCCUCUGACCCUGGGCUGCCACGUGGUGGUCCCACCCUGGCCCCGCAGCGUCGUCUGGUACAACAAGGAAGGGAAGGUGGAACCCAGCGAGAGGUACCACGUGCUAGAAGACGGGGCCGGUGGGUACCUACUGGAGGUGCCGUGCGCCGAGUGGCCUGACGAGGGCGAGUGGAAGUGCGUCGCGACGAGCAGUGGCGGCCGCGUGGGCAUCUCCACUUGCUAUGUCACUAUGGAUGUGCCCAAAAACUACCGAAAACCGAGAUUCAUGGAGAACCUUCAAGCGGUGUUAACAGAAGAAGGCCUAGUCUCCUUCGAGUGCAAAGUUGUAGGCUUCCCAACACCCGUACUGAGCUGGUUCAAGGAUGGACAAGAACUGAAGCCAGGAGACGUCUACCAACUCACUGGCACCAACUCCUUAGGGUCGUACUGCUGCAUAGCAAGGAACUGCAUGGGCCAAGCCAGCAGUUCUGCUGAACUGACCGUUGAGGAUAUCCAAAACCAGCUGAAUGAAGAAGAGAAACUACAGCUGUUCUCCAAGAAUCAGGCGCCGAAGUUCAUCCAGGGUUUGAAGAGUGUCGAAGCUAAAAUUGAUGAGCCAUUCCGUUUUUCAGUUAAAGUCGCCAUUCCGCCUGAACCGUCGGUACUAUGGUACCGAGACGACCAGCCGGUGGACGAGUCUUCUCGCUGCCACCACGGCCGGGAAGACCGAGGGGUGUUCUACCUCGACAUCCAAAGCCUCGAGUUCCUCGACCAAGCCGAGUGGAAGUGCGUCGCUAUGAACGAUUUCGGACACAGCGUCACCUCCUGUUUCCUCAAACUAAUCAUACCGAGACACUAUAAGAAACCAAGAUUCUUAGAGAAUCUUCAAGCAAUAUUAUCUGAUGAGGGAGCCGUGAACCUUGAGUGUAAGGUCAUUGGUGUCCCGCAACCUGUACUGAAAUGGUACAAAGAUGGUGAAGAACUUAAACCCGGUGACAUUCACAGAAUCAUAUCUGGCCAAGAUGGCACUUGCUGUCUAGGAACUUACACGUGUGAGGCGCAGAACUGUAUGGGUAUUGCCGCCAGUUCUGCUUCACUACUUGGCUUUGAUGAUUCAAUGAAAGCAAAGAAGAAGAAAGCUGAAGAACAGGCUUUGCAAAGGAACUUAUCCCUCAGCACUAUACAUGAAGAAAGAACUUCACAGAUGUAUGAUACUCCUGUUGGCGAUGUAACUACUCUUGAUGAUAAAGGCGAAAUCUCAUUCUCAUUUGAUGGGAAAGAAGUAUCGGUGUCUCUGUACGAAACUCCGGACUUGACCGAAGAAGAAGCUUUACAAAUUGUUGAAAUGUAUGCUGACCAAUUAUCAGAAAACAUUACAGAACACAAUGUGGUUGAACUCCCUCCACUAAGAUUCGUGAAAGAAACUUCAACGUCUGGUAAUUUGUUGAUGGAGGCAGUUAUAAUUGACGUCUCACCCGAUUACUUUGUGCCUGAUGAAGAUAUGCGUACUGAAGCAGAUAUCGAAGAUAUAUCGAUAGCCGACGAAAACGGUCCACCUCAGUUGUCGUUAGACCAAGAUAUUGGAAUGGGAGGAGAGGACUAUUUAGAGAAAACAAUGGCAAUGCUAUCGGAAGAAAAGUCAGAUGUUUCUCUUAAAUUAGGGAGGAAGAAGUCGGAUUCCCAGAGGAGUGCCGAUGACUUUUUCAGUUUAUCACGAGAUCAAUCUCUGUCUGAAGAAAAGAAGGAUGAUGACACUCAAGCAAUGUCGGAUCUCCAAAGCUUUGCGAGUGCGCAUAGUUCUGGAAAGCCUAAAUCUAAAUCUUCAAAGCCUUCAGGAGAGGAUGGUCAGGAAUCAUCAGAGCCUACAAAAACAAUUCUAUUUAAGGAUGAGGUUUUGCGUCAGUCGUCAUUUGAAGCAGAGCCGUCUCCUGUUAUUAAGCCCAAGAGAGAAAGGCGCACCAGUCGUAGUUCAAGACGAUCCAGCUCAGGCAGUGAAAAGUCUGUAAGCAAAGCCAGGGAAGACGUCCUCAGGAAAAAAGAGUUCGUAGAAAUAGAAUUACCCAAGAAACCCUCAAUCACAGAUGAAGAAUUUAAGAAUAAAAUGGUCAACAUCAGUACUUCGCUAUCUAAAGUAAUAAAUGACGUUCAAAUUAUUGAAAGAGAUAUCAUUCUCAAGUCUGAACUCAUGUCAUCGGCAGCAACGGCUUCGAGAAGCUUAGAAAUUAUAAGUAGUUUAAUUUCUCCGCUGUCGGAAAUACACAGUAUUGCAGAUGCUGUUAAAGAAUCUGCUGUUGAGUCUAAAGAGGUCAGCAGUACAUUAUUUAAUAGUUUGCCGCAGCCAUUGAAGGCUCUUCAACAGUCAUUAGCCUUUAUUGAAAAGUGCAUUGAUAUGGAGAGUGACAGUAGAACUCUGGUAAAAAAGACUUGCGUAGCAUUUAUCGAAACGUGUGGUAGUGAAAUGCAGAAAUUAAUCACAGACAUUAAUUCUGUAACAGCUACAGAUUAUUUGCUCACUGAAGACAGAGUUCUUACAGAAAUCGAGUCAUUAAAUAAGGAAAUGAGUACAGUUAUCAAAUUUUCCGCAGACACUAUCAAAGCCAGAAAUCUUCUUAGCGAAGCAAGUGAAAUCAAAGUCGACGAACCUUCUCUUGAAGUCAAACAUCUGAGGGAUACUCAAAAGGCAGUUUUUGAAUUGAAAAGUCCUCUGAUGUCUUUGCUCUGCAUCGCUGAAAGUGCUGGAAGUGGUAAAAUUAUAGAUGUUGCUAAAGUACGCAACAGUGAAGUUAUUCUCAACGAUAUGUCCGGUUCCAUACAGGACUUGCAAACAGCUCUAGAACAAAUUGAAACACUGUCGGUAAAAGAAUCUACUUCACCGUUACAUAAAUACAAUACUGAAAUUAUUGAAACUGUUAUGGAGUCAGUUGUUAAACUAAGAACUUCUUUUGAACAACUCUCUACUGAAUCUGAAGGUGAAGAUCAAGCCGUACUAAAAGAAGCAGUUGCCUCAAUUAAGGAAAACCUCAAUAAAAUAUCGUCACAAAUAGAGGUGAUUGAAAAGAACGUUGGCACCUUUGACGUCUUGCAGAGUGAGAAUAAACUGGAUGCUUUGCAAAAGAUGGCUCAAAUCCUUAUUGCUUUGGAAAACAACCUGCCAAGAUUAGAACCGUUGCCAGAAAUUAAAAAGCACAUGACGGUGUUCCACAAAAACUUGACGAAAGUGUUAGAAAAUGUAAUAGAAAGUAACGAGUCUAAGAAAUAUUUCACUCUUAUGGAAAUUUGUGAUGCAGUUAAUAGAAUUAAUGCGUCCAUAAAGAAUCUAGAUGUCGAUAAUGUCUUGCCUCUUGCGAGUCUACACAACACGUUAAGGAUCAUACAAGACCAGUUUAUCACGAAUGUUUUUGAUUCAGAGCUUAAUUGUUCACUUCUUACUAAUAUAGCAGACACCUUGGUUGGUAUUCAAGAAGCUAUCAAUACGGCGGAAGAAAUUACCAUUCAUGUUGAUUCUGAACACGUACAAGCUAUCGCACCUCAUGAGUUCGGCGAAACGAAAGCUAAAGUAGCAAUUGAACAUAUUGAUCAUGCAAUAGCUGCAAUUGAAAAUGUGAAAGCAAUAGAAUCCACUCAAGAAUUUAAGUCAAGCAUUACGCCCACACUGGAGAAUAUUUGCCCUGUUUUAGAAGAACUUAAAAAGAGUAUAGCUUCAACUAAAGCUAGUGGAAUCGAAGAAGAACAUAUUUCUGAUAUAUCAGAUAAAUCAUCAUUUGCCCAAACAUUCGCUACGCCACUCUGUGAACUUAACCAAAAUAUAAUUGUUUUGAAUCAACAGAUAGUGGAAAAUAUUGAAAGCUUCAAACAAAAUAGUGAAAUUAUAACAACUAUUGCAGAACCACUUCAUGAGCUUCACACAACUUUAGAAAUAUUACAGCAGGAUGUUAUAUCUCAAUAUGGUGAGGAUGUAACUCCUUAUGACGUAAGUGUAAAUAUGGCUAGCGCUGUACAAAAUCUACAAAGCUGUAUUUUAAUGAUACAAGAACAGGCUGGAGUUGAAGCGGCUGACGAAAUGUCAACAUUAGAAGAUAUAUCAGGAAUAAAAACAACAGCAGACACUCUUCCGUCUGACCGCUUAGUGCUACCUACUGCCGAAGAAAUUGCCAUUGAACAAGCGAUAUUGCCAUUCAAUCAGGAGGUUCAAAGUACAGCAACAGCACAAGCACUACAAACUUUGAAUGAACACAUAACUAUAUUGCAAACUCCAGAAAUAAUUGAUGCAUUAGAUACGUUAUCUGAAGUCAGUGAUUAUUCUAGUCUAAAGUCAUUUGUUAUAGGAUUAGGUGAAUUGCAUUCAGGAAUCGAAGAGGUUCUACACCCUCUUAUUAUGGAGGGAUCAAAUGAAAUACCUAAUUUAUUGAACCCAUCAAAGCUUACAGCUAUUGCUGAGCCUAUGCAGGAACUACAGCAAAGUUUGUCGGUGUUAGACACAAGCAACAUUCCAAUAUAUGAAAAUUUGUUAGAAAUGCCGACGGAAAGAAUACAUUCCGUGAUUCAGAGCGUAUCUGAAUUCAAAGAGCAUUUAGAUAAGUGUAUGCUCGCUGUAUUCCCUGCUAUGCAAACGGCCGAUAAUACAGUUGAGAUAGCAAACAAAGUUGGCACACUAAGAGAAGUGUGCGAGCAUUUAAAAGACAUUAUUGAAACUACUAAAACUGUGGAAAAUAUUACAGUGCCAGAAGAAGUUAAAGCUUUGGAACGCACUGUUGAUAGUUUACUUGAUGCUACCGAUGUCUCCAAAGGAAUAAAAAUAGAGCAGGUGAAAACUAUUACAGAAGAGUUAUAUGAAAAAGUCGCUACUGUGCAAGAAGAACUCAUUCAAUUUACUCCGCAAGCUCCAGAAAAGUUGGCCAAAGAAGUUGCAUUAAUUCAAACUAUUGACGAAGUGCAAAACAACAUUGCUGUACUAGAACAGUAUGAUUUUGUGGACCUAUCUCGUGCUUCAGACUUGACAUGUACUUCACCACAAGUAGCCGUCGAAAUAGAAUCUGAUUCUCUUAUGCUGAUGGAAGAUAUUGUAGAUAGUGCCGUUAAUGUGGUGCAAGAUUCCAAACCAGACUUGCCAAUGGCAGACCUUAUGAUAGUUGAAGACUUUUUCAAGACUUGUAAAAGUGAAUUUACAAUUUUGCGCUGUCUAAUAUCAAAAGCUACAACUCAUAAAAAGAUAAUAAGAUUAUUACAAGAGUUUACUUCUCUACAAAGUACAAUCAACGAUUUUAAAAUAAAGAAAUCGGAACUCAAACUAACUGAUGACCUCAACGGCUGUUUAGCUACUUUCCUUAUUCAUGCUGAUGAUUGCCUCGAGAAUGUUCAAAGCUCUCUUGUGAAGAUAGUGGACUCUCAAGCUGAACUAUUGAUUAAAGCACCAUUGGACAAGUUCGAAAAUUCAGUUAGCUUAUUAGAAACAGUAAAGAAAACUAAAGACGACAAACAAAUCAUUGAAACAGUUGAUAAGUUUGUACAAAUUAUUGAAACCGCCAAAUCGUCUCUGCAAAAUAUACAGACUGAGAUUGUUGACGAAAUUAAAAGUGCGAGGCCCAGUAAGAUUGGGGAUAGUACACUAUCUGACAUGAUUGAAGAAUUCGCCACAUUUAUCGAAGCAGAGAAACUGAAAAAUGAGGAUAUGGGCACAACAGAAAUGCUUGAAAAGGUAUCUGCAUGUAUCGAAAAACAUAACGACUUCAAAGAUGCGAGUGGCACAGGAAAAACUUUGAUCUUGCUGAAAUGCCUGUCAGACUGCACAGACAUAUUACAAGAGAGUCUUCUCCAAGUGAAGAUUCCGAAACAAAAGUUAGAAGAAGGUCCUCUGAAAGCGGUUUUGACGGAAAUGCUGGAGCCUUUACAAGCACUACACAGUCAACUAACAAAUGUUCAAGAACAAGUCCUAAGAGGUGUGGAUGAAGAUUCAAUAUCGGUUGAUAUCACAACUACAGAAUCUCUUGUACAGACCAUGACAGAGAAACAUAAAGAAAUGAUGGAAAGGAUGGAAACAGAAGAAGUAAUAGCCAAUGAAGAGAUUUCUCUAAUCAUGGAAGUGGAUAAAGAAAUACACUCGAUACAAGACAGUCUGCGAUCUUUAGAAAACGCUCAAGUCGCACAAGUUGUAAAGGAAAUUGCUAAGCCGGUGGAAGAUAUUGAGAAGUCAAUGCACUCUAUUUUGACUUCGGAAAAAACAACUGCUUACAGUGAAGAUAUUCCAAAAGAUGUCAAUUCGAAUAUCGAUUCUUUGGAAAGCGCAAUUGACCGUUUCAUAGGUAUUGAAAUGGAUCUGUUAGUCGCAUCAGGCACUUUUAGCGACGCUGACUUGAAUGAAAGUCUAACAAUAGCAAGCGAACUGCAAGGACUAUUGGCACUAAACACCGAUGAUUUGGCCUCUUCCAAAAUAUCAGAAUUAAAAACUAAAAAAAUUAAGUCCCUUAAAGCUAUAAUGUCGAAAUUCGAUUGGCAAAGUACAGAAGUGUACAAUGGCAAGAACCCAUUAGAAAUUGAAAACAUGAAGCACGUAUUCCUUGCCGCUUAUCAGCUAUUGGUUGAAUUGGACAAAGUAGAUAAAUUGGAAAAUGUUGAAGUUAAAGAAGAAAAAGCUAAGCAAAUUAUUCAGCAUAUUGACCAAUACAUUGAGUUAAUUGAAAUAGUUGAGGAAAUAUCAGCUAUCAUAAAGAUUGACGAUUUGAAAGAAACUAUUGAUAUUGCGAAAGAGUUACGGGAAAGCAUUGCUGCUUCAGAACUAAUUACAGAAGAAGAGGCAGGUCUUGGUCGGGAGACAGAAAUUCGCAAAGAACAAACCAGAUUGGCGCAGAAACUUCAAACAGCAUUGUCUGCUCUGCAAGUUCAAGUCCUUGAACACGUGCAAGAGUUAGCGCCAACGCUUAGCACUGAGGUAUUACAGCGCAUCACCAGAGUAACUGCCCAGUUGAGUGCAGACUUGGUUGCUGUUACAGGAAUUCGAGUUGCACUACAGGCUCCAGCUGAGCCUCUAACUGAAAUCUCCCAGGCGACAGUAGAAUCUCAAGCAGUCGUAGCCAUUCCAGAACUAGUUACAGCUACAGGAUCAGAAGAAACUAUUCUAGAGCAAACUGGUGUAGUAGAUCAAUUAUCGUCUUCUGAGCAAUUAUUUGUAACAACAGAAAUGUUGGAAAAAGCUAUCGCUGUAACUAAGGAAACAGUCACAUCGGAAGAUGCUGAAAUCAUAGCCUCUGAAACUACUUUAGAAUCGGCUAGCCCUCAAAUUGACGAAACGCUUGCUGUAGAGGGUAGUCAAGCCAUUGUUAUGGAAACAGCUAAAUCUGUAGAUACAGAAGCAGUUAUACAGGAAGAUGCUAAACUUAGUGUUGUUGAUAAUCAAGCUCAAGAAGUAGCUUCUUCAGAGAUAUUGGAGACUGAAUCUGUUAGUGCUGUUGUGAUAGAAGACCUUGGACCAGUGCUGCAUGAAGUUGAAGUGGAUGAGAAGCAUGUUGAUAUUGGAUUAAGCCAAACAGCGGAACUACAAGAACCACCUAAAGCUACUAUCGAACUGUUAGUUCAACAUAUAGACCAGUUUAUGUGUGAUGAUAUAACAGAAAUAAUAAAUGAACUGUCCAACGUCAUCAAUGCUGAAGAAUUUAAGCAAUCUAUUAGUAUUGCCAGAGAACUGCGUGAGAACAUCGCUGCUUCUGAAGUCGAAUUAAAAGCAGAAACUAGUGAUGUUCUGAAGGAUGAUGUCAGUACAGGAAAUGCACAGUUAGCUCAACAAUUGUAUACAGCUUUGGCAGCGCUUGAGAACUUAUCAUUAGACACUUUAGCAGAUGUCCCUUCAAUCAACAAAGAUACUUUACAACGUGUUGCUGCAAUCACUGAAAGUUUACGAACCGAUCUUGCAGCGGUCGUCGCAACACAAACCGUAUUUGAAGAAGCAAAGCUUGAGCACUUGGAAUCUGAUACCAAGCAAAUAGCUACAGAGUUAGAAGUGGCUAAUGAAACUAUUCAAGCUGAUAAAAUGGAGGCCACGACAAUUGCAUUGGGUACAGUACAAACUUCUGAAUCAGAAGGUAAAGAUGUAAUGACAAUGCAACAAGCAGAUGAAGAAACUAUGAAAGAAAUGCCAGCCGAGGCUACAUCAAUGGAACAGUUGGAAACUCAAGCUUCUCUUACAUUGGCUGAGAAAGAAACGUUUGAAAUCAGUGCGACAAUUGACGAAGCAGUAGCCAUUCCUUCAGACACUGAACCUAUUACUUUGGAAGAAGUAACUGAGAGUGAAAUUAAAGCAGUCAGUUUCGAGCAGGCGGUGCAGAAGUCUGAGGAGCCACUCAAGACAGCUACAACAGAAACACUAUUACAAUACAUCAAUGAUUUCUUAUCCGACAACAUUAUUGAAACAAUUGAUAAAAUAUCUGCAACACUUAACGUUGAUGAUCUUAAACAAUCGAUAGCAGUUGCAAGUGAUUUACGUGUGAGUAUCGAGAUGGCUGAAAAACCUGUAGAGGCACAAUACGAGCAACUUCAACAACUACAAAAUGCUUUAUCUGCAGUCCAGGAACUUACUUUACAAACUGCUGAUGAAGUAAAACAAGUGAUCGGAAACGAUGCUUUACAGCAAUUCGCCGAUACAAGCACUCAGUUAUCAACAGCAAUCACAGCUAUUAUAUCUCAAGCAAAUGUACAACAGGCAGAAGAAAGUAAAGCAAAAUCAGACGAGGAUAAUGUUAAAUCGUCUCAGAAACCAGAGGAUUCUGAAACAACAAGUCUGCAAAAACUUCUUGAACAAUCAGAGAGUAGCGUCGAAGUUAUCAAGGACAUUUCACCAGAGAAUGUCACAGCACUUGAAACUGGACCGCUUUCUACAGAAAAUGCUACAGAAAUAAUAACAUCUGAUGAGACUCUCACAACAAACCAAGAACAGGUCGCCCUCGAAAUAGUAACCCAACAUAUUAGUGAGGAUUCCAAGAAAACUAGUGCUGAACUUGGAGUCGAAAGUUCUCUCAAAACAGUUGUUGAAACAGAACAACUGAUAACAGAGAGUACCACUACUGAUAGUACUGUUGUCACUGAUGAUACAAAGGAGCCCGUCAAAGAAUCUCAAGCAAUAGAAAUAUCGGAAACUAUCCCUGUCACUGGCUCAAUAAUUAGUGAUGAGGCUCAACAAAACAUAGAAUCAGCUGCUGAAUCAGUAAACACGACUGAAGAAUCUUUACGAAGUCAAGGUGUUGUUUCUGAACAACCAAUAGUACUCGAAGAAGUGACUCCAAGCGAUGCUAAGCAAGACAGCUCUUUGCAAGGUACGGAAGUAAUAACGGAGCCUUUGGAUUCUACUGUAACAAUCACUGAGGUUUCCUUAACUGAGCAAGUAGGUGAUAUGAUUGCAGAAAGUCCAAUACAAGUGGUUGAUGUUAAAGAACAAGACCAAAGUGAAAAAGAUAAUCCAGCAUCAGUAUCUACUUCAACUACUGAAGUUGAAACUGAAAUAAGUGUUCAAGAAGCAGAAAAUAUCGUGCAAAUAGCUCCAGAAAGUAUAGUCACUGAUAUUGUAACCAGCGAAGAAACGUUACCGUUAGAGACAACAUUGGGAGAGGCUUUAGUAGAGAAAACCACAGAAACUCAGGAAGAAGUUGUCACUGUUGAGGAUGUUAUUUCACUUGAACAAGAUAAGCCAGACGCUCAAACUGCUGAACUAGAAAUAGUUGAUGAAAUAAAUGUUACUAAACUUGGUGAACCUUUACCAUUAGAGACUGUUGUUCCAUUAGAUACACCAUCCAAUGAAAGUAAAUUUGCUACUGAAACUUUACCAUUAGAGGGUGUAACUACAUUGGAAGAGGCUAUAGUACAGAAAAUCGCAGUAAGUGGGGAUGAAGUUGUUCCUGUUGAGGAUGUUAUUUCCCUUGAACAAGUUAAGCCAGAUGUUCAAAGUGCUGAACUAGAAAUAGUUGAUGAAAUAAAUGUUACAAAACUUGGUGAACCUUUACCAUUAGAGACUGUUGUUCAAUUAGAUACACUAUCCAAAGAAAGUGAAGUUGCUAUUGAAACUCAUGAAGCAACAGGGGCUGAUCAAGAAUCCGUAGCAUUAUCUCCUCCUGUUGUUGAUACAGAGUCUCAAAAUAUAGAAACUAAUACCCAAAAUGUUGUUACAGAGGAAUCAAAAAUUGUGUUAGAAGAACAGUCAAUUUUAGCUGUAGAUCAAACUGCUACCAAACAACUUCCCGAAGAAGAAAGAGCAGUCGAAGAAUUAUCUGAAAAAUCUCUGUCUCUUAUCGAAGCAGAAUCUAAUAACGCUGUCCAACAGACCAUAACAGAAAGCGAAAACGUUGAUAAAACAGCAACUCAGAAUUUGUUGGGUUCAGAGAAACAGAUCGAUGAUUCUAAAGAUCAAGCAGAACAACUUACCAAAGAACUACUAGAAGAUGAGUUUAAGGACGCAGAAUCGUCUUUAUCUGAUAUUGAUAAAAAUCUGCCAAAUGUGCCGGUUGAACAGUCUUCUACAGAACAACCCACCAUAGAAGAAGGAGCAGUUACGGAAACUCCAGAAAUAUCAUUACCGAUUGUUGAAGCAGAGUUCAAAGAUGCAGAAUCGUCCGUAGCUGAAAUUGAUAAAGAAGAAUCGAAGGACUUGGUUGAUUUAGAGAAGCAAACAGACAUUUCAGUUGAGCAGGUAGCCAAAAGUCAGCCCGACAUAAAAGAAGGCGCAGUUCAAGAAUCCUUAGAAGUAUCCUUGGUUAUUGAAUCAGAUUCUAAAGAAUCGGAGCAGUCCAUAACUGAAGGUAAUGAAGUUAAUGUUAAAGAAACUGGUGAGAAUUUAUUAGAUGCGGAGAAACAGAUGAAUGCUACUGUACUUGAGGUAACCGUGGAUAACGCUGAUACACUAAACAUUAUGGAAGCCAAAUCUACGCCUUUAGAGCAAACAACAACUGAGGCAAAAGCAGAUGUCGUUGAAAACGCCGUAGAUAAUGUCGAGACUGACAAUACCCAGGCUAAAGCGGUGCAAUUAGAACCUGAAAAAGAUAGUGCUACAACUGAAAUAAAAAUUGCAGAAAGCGUUGAAGAAACUUCUAAACAAGCAACCGAGAAUGAAGCCGUUACAACAGCGUCCCUUGAACCUAUUGCAGGUACUGAAGUUGCUGAUUUGACUCCAGUUGAUUCAGCUGCAGCUGCAACAGCAGUGACUAAUGUAGAAGAAUCUUCAGUACAAGAAAAUGUUACAACAUCAGAAUUGAUCAGUCAACCAGCUGAUCAAGGUACAGAAAGCAUUAGUACAAUACCGACAGAUGUGUCAGAUACAGGAAAAGAACAGGCCGUGGUUGAGAAAACUAUCCAAACAGAAGAAACAAUCAUUAAUGAAGUGGUGGAAAAACUCGAAGAUAUUGGUAAAUCUUCAGAAGUUAUGGAGACAACCCCAGUUCUUGCAUCUUCUGGUGAGACAAUAACAUCUGAUGGAACUGUAGCAACGGAAUCAGAACCAGUAGCUGAUAGCAAAGCUACUAAUAUUCCUGAAGACAGUAAAACGAGUGGAACUACUGGUGAUGCUGUUAUUACACCUGUGACUGAUGAAGUAACUCCAACAAAGGCUACAGAAGAAUCUUCUCAACCACCGGACGCCAUUAAGAUUGGCAUUGAAACACUUUUGAACACACUUGAUGAAUAUCUAUCUAACGAUAUUAUUGACACAGUCAGUCAGCUGUCUGUAACAUCAGAAAAUACAGAACUUGCAAAAUCAAUUCUAGUCGCUCAACAACUGCGUGAUAGCAUUUAUCAAGACAUUGUACCCAAAAAUACGGAAAUUAAGAUAAAUAACGAUCAAUUUGCGUUAGUUCAAGACUUGAAUAGCGCUUUAUUGGCCUUGCAACUAGUAGCUCUUGAAAGUAUAGAGCAAAUAGACGGAACAACCAAUAAAGAAAGCUUGAUAAAGGUUCUUAAUAUUAGUGAAUCAUUUGCUAGCGUACUUGAUGUUUUAAUAUCAGAACGUUCGAAAGCGCCUGAGGAUAAUGAAAAAGUUGAUAAGUCAAAUUCCUUGGUUUUGGAGAAAAUAGAACCUGAACCUGAAAUUAGAACCGAAACUUCAAUAAUUGUUACUGAUAGUAAUGUAUCACUAACUACUGAAACUUCACUUGCUAAAGAGAAAAUCUUGACAGAUUCGAACGCACCAUCAAAUACAAGUACACUUGAUACUGAUGAAAAAACUAAAAAAGACAGUAACGAAAGUGAAAAAACAGUCUUUAAUAAAGAUGAAGCAACUACAGAGAUUGCCAAAACAAAUGAACUCCAAUUCAAUGUGAAUGAAGAGACAUACCAAGAUAAUAAUAGUAACGAAACUAAAUUACACACAGCCAAGGCUAAUGGUGAAGAAACGGGGCUAGAAUCAAAACCAACAACUCAUAGUGAAGUUAUUGAAUCUUUGCUUAUAGAAACCGCUAAAACUAUAAUAAUACCAGUAGUGGGGGAAGAGUUUGAUAUUCAAGAAUUAGCUGCUGCCAAUGUAGGAGUUUCUGAAAAACAUGAAAACAAUGAAUCAAGUGUGAAUAUUGACGUAACAAAAUUACAAGAUGAAGCUAAUAAGUCUAUAGACGAAUUAAAGAAAUCAGGCGAUGAAUUGCUUUUGAAAGAAAGUACAAUACCAACUGAUUUGGAAAAUGCUGUUUGUGAUACAAAAGAACAACAUACUGAACUGGAAAGACAGAAAGACAUAUAUGAAGAGUCACUAGAUAAAAUCGUUGAGGAUAUUGUUACUGAACAAUCUUUGCUAACUGAUGUAAAUUCUCCAGUAAUUACGAAAGAAACAAUCCCUAGUCAUGAAUCAGAUGGUACUCGGGACGAUAAAGGCGAGACCGUUUCGGUUAACGAUUAUUCAAAAUCUAUUCAAGGACAGGACGACACACACUUUGAAACAUUCGAAGAUACACCGUCAUUGAUUGAUUGUUUGAUCGAUGACAUUAAGACAAGACAAGGACAAGCACCUUUUGAAGUAGGCGGGUCAAAAGAAAAAUCAAUCUCGAUUAAAUUACCUUCAGUCCAAGAACUCAUUGAUGCAGACAUCAAUGAAGAACCAGUUCAUUUAGCAGAACCCAUAAUACUACAUAGUCAAGUAGAAACCGAAUAUUCUACUGUACAAGAUAAUGUAGAUAACAAAAACUCUGUAGUUUGUGAAACUUUUAAACCUUUAACCAUGGAAACUUUAAGUUCCAUUGAGGAACAAGCACUCGAAGUGAGUGUUCAAGCAGAACAAGAUACAUCUGGCAAGUUUGUGCCUCAUCAGGAAAUUCAACCAAUCGUUUUAGAAAGUUGCCUUGAAGAAAUCGCUGAACACAUAGCUGAAAUAAAAGAGGUCGAUUCUCAUGAACUUGCGGGUGAAUCCUCUCAACCUAUAGUAUUUGAAACUGUUGCAGACUUGAAAAACGAUGAUACAUUUUCUCCAGUUUUACAAGAACUAAAAAUGGAUGAAAUCAAGUCUGAGCAAGCUCAAGAUAAAUCUUCGAAUACUGAAAAAGAUAUUCUUGAUACAGAAAUCAUGGUAACUGAAACUAAUCCACCCAUUAUUUCAGAAAUAGAGACUACUAUCGAUGUGGAUAACAGUUCCAUAUUUCAGUUGACUAAAGAUGCAAUAUCCAUCGGCGAAACAUCGGAAUCCAUUGUUUUAGAUUCUGUAACGGAUAUUGAAGAGAACCAGCAAGCCUUUGCAAUGAAAUCUGAUGAGCAGUUAACUGAUCAAACUCUGCAAGUUUACAAAAGCUUGCCGCCUAUGCUGUUGGAGUCUACAACACCAAUUGAAGAUAAAAGUCACGAAUUCGCGUAUCCUAGUGUUGAAAUAAGUUCAGUGCCAGAAAUGAGUGUUAGUCUAACAGGUGAAGUUAUUUUAUCAGAAUCAUUGAUGUGUGAUCAUAUUAAUACAACUACAGCAUCAUCAACAGAACAACAUAAAGAUGCAAAUAAAUCGUUGAUUGAAAAUGAUCAAUCUCUAAUGCCUAUGGACUCAAUAGACGCAGAAAAUGUUACCGAAGAGAUUUUAAAAAUUGAUUCACGCCAUGAAAUUAAAACUGAUAUACCCAUGGUUUUAGAAGGUUUAAUGCCAAUGCAGGAUAUUCAACCAGUUAAUGCUACUGUUCAGAAAUCAAAUGAUGAUAAAAUUGAGAAUGUGGUUCCGACUCAAAUCGAAGAAGUUUUACUUGAGCAUUUAGAGGAGAAUGAGAAGAUUGCUGUCAAGACCUUGGAAGACAAAUUAGGAGUUAUUGCUGUGCAACAGAAUACUUUACAAGUUAUAGAACAAGCACUUCCGAUCGAAGAAAUAGAAACAUUGAACUCGAAUGUUACCUACCAAACACCGGAGGAAACUGAUUGUAAAUCAAUGUUGAGUGAGAAUUUAUGUCCUUUAAUUCUGGAAUCUUUGUCAUCUAUCGAAGAAAAGAAAUGCGAAUCGGUUGCUGCCCAGUCUACUGAAAAUAAAGAAAACGAAUCCACGAAAUCUAAUCUAGAAAAUCUCAACAGUGAAAAAACCGAAUCUAUUACACCAAACAUUUGUUUCGAUGAAAAAAUGUUAGCAAGUGAGAAUAUACAGCCUCUAGUUUUAGAAAAUCUAGAGCCCUUAAUUAAAAGUGAACAGAAUGCAAUCGGCUCAGAACUUGAAAGUAACAAUUUUGGAACCGAAAUGUUUGCUCCAAGCUAUGAAACUGAAUUACUGGUGCUUGAACAAAUUGAAGACAUUAUAAAAGAUGCUGUUAAGACAAUUGAAAAUGACAUAAAUACUAGUGACAUUCAGGAGGAUUCAGAGAAAGCUCUUACAAACAUAGCAGUCACAAGUGAAAAUAUUGUUUUCGACAAAUUGUGCGAUGAUGAUAACAAUCUGCAGGCAGGAACAUAUGACGUUUCAGAAUCUUUAGAAACUGAGCGCAUCGAAGCAGAUCAUUCCAUCCAAAUUUUUGAGCCAUUGAUAUUAGAAGAAGUGACUCCAUCUGAAAUGAAAGAAGACCACGAAAAACAAAUAACUACUACGAUAGAGUCUCAGGGCUUAAUAGAUAUCAGUGAAUGUGUACACGAUAUUUUGGAAAAUGCUUUUUCAGAUAGUCCAAGUGUGAACACUGAUGGUACUUAUAAUGAUCGUAUAUCUACAGAAAAUCUAGAGUCCACAGUUAAUAAUGCUUCAACGAAAGACAUUGAAAUUGUUAAAAAAGAUGAUGCCAGGCCGCAUAGUUUUGUAAAAGGAACCGAACAAGGGGCACUCAUUAAUCACAUCGAUGAGUUUAUAUCGGAAGAGGUGUCCGAAGUUGUAGGUGAAAUUUCUGCGUUAACUAACUCAGAAGAGCUUAAAGAAACUAUUGAACUAGCUAAAGGUCUGAAAGAAAGUUUAGAGUUCGUGAUCGGCGAAGAAACUGUUUCAUUGCGUAAUGUAAACAAGGAAACAAAACAAAUUGAACAAGUAAAAUUGGCUGAACAGUUGCAAGACGCAUUAUCGGUAUUACUUGAUAAAACAUUGGAGAAUGCCGAGGAAAUUGCGCCUAAGGUCGAUCAAAACGCUCUUCAAAAAGUUUCAGACAUCAUUGCGCAUUUACAGGAAGAUUUGGAGAAAGCUAUAGUAUUUGGUAUGCCUGAUGUUCUGAAUGCAGCAGAAAUAGUUGAAAUCGCCGAAGAAGAAGGAAAUUCAAUGAAACAACUGGAAGUGUUACUUCAAGAAGUAACAGAUAAAAUAAAUAUUGCAACGGUUAGAGACGUUGAAGAAACCGAAGCUUUAAAAGAUGUUCUUGAUGAGGUGCAGACCGUGAUUAUUAAACUCAAGCGGGAUUAUGACGGAGCAGCAAAUGACACACUCAAUGAAACUCUUGAAGAUUUAGAGUGCAGCGUUCGGAGUGUGCAGCUCCAGAUCAACGAGGACAGUCCACCUGAAUUACUCCAAGAAGCCUGUGCUACAUUACAACUGCUAGUCAACAACAUGACUGAAACUCAAGAUGUCAGUACUCAGGUCGCUGAAACAGUGACCGUGGAAGUCAAAACCGAAACUAUACUCGAAAAGUGUUCCACCGAUACUGAUGAAACAGUUAAACUAUUAGAAGAUGCUUCCAAUGCCAAUAGCAAGGAUGAAAGACUUUCGGGUAUUGUAUCCAGUUUGAACAUUCUUAAAGACACAAUCAAAACACUUAAACUCAGUUUUGUUGGCAACGCUGACGUUUUGAUAGAAAAAGGCGUUGAUGUUGUGCAAAGUUUAGAUCAAUUAGAAGAGAAAGUUUUCACUCUUGAGAAAGAUUUGGCUGAAGUUAAACUUAGUACUGAAAUAAGAGACCACAUUCUUACAGCUAUACAUUCUGUUUAUGGCAGUAUAUCGAAUAUGCGAGGAACAAUAUCCAGUAUACAAAAAAGAUAUAUGUUCGAAAACUAUGGCAAACCUUCUGAAACUAUACUGCGUUCCAUUAAAAAUGUGUCAGGAAUUUUAGAAAUUGAUGAUUCUAACAAACAAGGCUGGAAAGCAUUUUCCAAGUCGCUGCGAAAAGUUUUGAAUCACUUUGAAGAUAUCAAGUUUUAUAUUAAUUUAGAUAAAACUGCUCGAUUGCCAAGUGAUGCGGCAUUCACAAAGAUUAUACUCGAAGAGUUAAAAUCAAAUGUUUGUGAAACUCUUGUCCCACAAGCUUCAUUGUUAGGCCCAGAAACAACAACACGAGUCAAUGAUCUAUUAGAAUGUUUAAACAAGUAUCUUACUGACAUGGAAACUAAGUCAACCGUAGAGGUAAAGGAGAAAAUUCCAGUAUUCCUAGAAGUUUCAUCGAAAAUUUUUGAUGUUAUAGAUUUAAUAAAACAGAAAGUGAUUGAAAAAUCGAAGGAAAUGAAAUCAGAAGUGGCAGAAAAAGAGCCAAGUGAUGAACAAGCAACAGUUUCUAAGGAAAUAUCUAGUGAACCUGCUGUUGUGGUGCAACCAGAGGAUGGUGAUCAAAAACCAGAACAAAUCGUAAAAGAAGGAGAAGAUUCCACCUCCGUUACACCAACUACAAGUAAAACAGAAGAAAAACCUGUUGAAAAGAAACAAAAGGCUCGCAAGAAAGUACUUAUACAAGAACCAGACACAAAAUCUGACGUGGAACAAGUUGCGUCGGAAUUCGUAGAAGAAAUCACAUCAUUAGCUAUAGCUGCUGUACAAAACUUAAUACAAUUUGCUGGUUUACAGAAAGAUGAAUUGAUAGAGGAGGGUACGUCUCAUUCCAUUGAAGAGGAAGCAGAACAACAAGAGGCUGAAUUAAUUGAAAAUGAUGAAACUGUUGAACAAGAGUUGAAGGGUGAAGAACCUGAACAGAAACUAGAAGACGGAGUUCAGGAUACUCCAGCCCAAGAAGAUGAACAAGUGGCUACAACAUCGGUUGAACGAGAUGAAACCGAGAAGAUGGGUCAGGAAUCUGCCGCACAAGAAGCUGUAAUACCAAAUGAAGAUGAACUCACGGCUCAAACUGAGCUUCAAGAAGAAGUGCAUCCAGAACAAAGCGUGGAAAAGACAGAAAAAGUCCUCCAAGAAGCGGAAAUCACACAGACAUCAACUGUGGAAGAAAUAAAAGAAUUGGAGGAGGCAACCAGUUCAGAAUUGAAAGAAGAAGCUGUUAAGCAAGAACUAUCUGAAGAGAAAGCAGAGCAAGAUAAGGCACAGAAAGAGCCCACGCAAGAACUAGAUGAAAGUGCUUCUCAGCAGAAAAUGGAGGAAAAGGAAAACAAAGAAAAACCUGGAAGUGGGCUAGGCGCUAAAGGACCUGCGAUGCAACCUUCACAAGAGCCAAAAGAAGAUCAAGAAGAUGUUGAAGAAGAAAGAAAAGAUUCUGAGGAAGAAGAAAUAAGCAAUGACGCUCAAAAGGCAGCAGAAGAAAAACAACCAGCCGAGCACGAUCUUCAAGAAGAUAACGCUCAAAACGUAAGUUCAAAAGAAGAAAUUGUUUCUGACAAAGAGGCAGUUGAAAGUGUAAAAGUUCAAUCAGAGACGGAGGAAACCGAUCAAGGAGCUGAACAAAGUCUGGAAAAAGAACCAGAAAAAGAUCAGGCAUUACAGGAUGAAAAACAACAGGAAAUUAAAGAACUCAAAACAGAACCACAAGAAGUUCUUGAAAAAUCAGACAAGGAGCAAGCUACACAAGAACAACAACUUGAUCAAGAAGAAGAAACAAAGCUUGAGCAAGACGACAAGGCUAGUAAGGAUGAUAAGGGUGCCAAGCAUGAAUCUGAAGAAAGUAUCAAUCAACAAUUACAAGAAGAUGAUAAACGUGGUGGCAGUCUCGAUGAACAGCUUACACAGAAACAAGAAGAGGUCGAGGCACAUGACAAAGUCAAAGAGAGCCAACCUGAAGAGAAGGAUAGCAGCUCUCACAAAGAAUCUGCAGAUAGAGAAGAACCUUCUCAAGAGCUGGACACCGAGAAAGCAACGUCGGAAGAAAAGGCUGAUGUAUCAAAACAAAUUGAUAUUGAAGUUAAACAAGAUGCUGGUGAAUCUGAGAAAAAGUCUGAAAAGGCUGAUACAAGUCAGGAUGAAGUUUCAGCCUCAAAGACAGAAAUAGAACAGGCUGACAUAGAUGUGACAGAACAAGAACAAGCAGAGCAAAAACUUCAAAAAGAAGAGCAAGUCGAAAAACAAAAGGAAAAAGAAACAAAAGAGAACGAAACACAUUUAGAAGAAGAGAAAACACAAAAACGUCAGGAUGAGGAACUUGAAAAAGAUAAAAUUGAUAAGAAAACUCUAGAUGAAGAUAAAUCUGAAAGUAAAAAAGAAGAGGUUGUUAAGCAAGACAAAGAAGAUUCUGAAAAGAAGAAACUAUCGAAGAAGGAAACAGCAGAAAAACAACAAGAACAAAAGGAUGAAACUAAGAUAGACAAAAAAGCGCUCGAAGAAGAAGAUGUAAGUCAACAAUCCGACGUCAAAGGACUGCAACAAGAAGAUGCUACAUCAGAACAGGUUAAGAAAGAGCCUAGUGAGGCUGAAAAAGAUAAAGAAGAACGUGUAGAAGGAAAACUUGCUAAGGAACAAGAAAAAGCGGAUAAACAUACUAACCAACAGGCUGAGGCAGAAGAGCUUGAGAAAGAACGUCUUGAGGCUGAAAAACUUGAGAAAGAUAAAGAGAAAUCUGUAAAACUUGCUGAGCAACAGGCUGUGACUGAAAAACCUGAGAAGGAGCGUCUUGAAGCUGAAAAACUAGCUCAGGAACAGUCUGGGGCUACAGACUUUGAAAAAGAUCGAGCUGAGACUGAAGAGCUGCAACAAGCGGAGUCUGAAGAAGUUAAGAAAGAACCAGUUAAGACUGAGCAACUCGUUCAGCAAGAAAACCUCACUAGAGAAAAAGAAGAGAAUGAACAACUUUCUAAAAAACAGGAGGAAACUGAAAAUCUUGAAAAAGUUACUCCUGAAGAUAAAGUACUUACUCAGGAUGAAAUCGAGUCUGAUAAAAAACAAGAUGGCGAUAAAGUCGCUGAGGAACCGGCCAAAGCUGAUAAACAUUCAGAAGCAGAGGCUGAGGCUAAAAAACUUGAAAAAGAACGCGUUGAGGCUGAAAAGAUUGCCAAGAAACAAGAAAACGAGCAGAUUGAAGCUGAGAAACUCGCUAAAGAACAAGCUGAAGCUGAAAUAGUUGAGAAGGAACGCUUAGAAGCUGAAAAGCUUGAGAAAGAACGACUCGAGGCUGAAGAGCGAGUUAAAUCUGAAAAACUCGCUAAAGAAGAAGCUGAAGCAGUUGAGAAGGAACGAUUAGAAGCUGAAAAGCUCGAUAAGGAGAGGCUUGACGCUGAAAACCAAGAGAAAGAGCGCCUAGAAGCUGAAAAGUUAGAGAAAGAGCGAGUUGAAGCUGAGGAGCGAGAGAAGGCGCGCCUGGAAGUUGAAAAGUUAGAGAAGGAGAAACUUGAGGCUGAAAAUCAAGAGAAGGCGCGCCUGGAAGCUGAAAAGCUAGAACAGGAUCGCCUAGAAGCUGAAAAGUUAGAGAAGGACCGCCUAGAAGCUGAAAAGCAAGAAAAGGAGCGCGUUAAAGCUGAAAAACUUGCAAAGAAACAAGCAAAGGCUGAAAAACUCGCUAAAGAACAAGCUGAAGCUGAAAGAGUUGAGAAGGAACGAUUAGAAGCUGAAAAGCUUGAAAAAGAACGACUUGAGGCAGAAGAGCAAGAAAAGGAACGAAAUAAAUCUGAAAAACUCGCUAAAGAAGAAGCUGAACGAGUUGAGAAAGAACGACUUGAAGCAGAAGAGCAAGAAAAAGAACGAGUUACAGCUGAAAAACUUGCUAAACAAGAAGCUGAAAGAGUUGAGAAGGAAAAACUUGAGGUUGAAAAGCUCGAGAAGGAGAGGCUUGAAGCUGAAAACCGAGAGAAAGAGCGCCUAGAAGCUGAAAAGUUAGAGAAGGAGCGAGUUGAGGCUGAGGAGCGAGAGAAGGCGCGCCUGGAAGCUGAAAAACUAGAGCAGGACCGCCUAGAAGCUGAAAAGUUAGAGAAGGAGCAACUAGAGGCUGAAAAGAUAGAAAAGGAGAGAGUGAAAGCUGAAAAGCUCGCUAAGAAAAAGGCAAAGGCUGACAAACUCGCUAAGGAACAAGCUGAAGCUGAACGGCUCGAGAAGGAACGUCUAGAGACUGAACAGGUGGAGAAAGAGCGCCUAGAAGCUGAAAAGUUAGAGAAGGAACGGCUUGAAGCUGAAAAAAUCGAGAAGGAGAGACUUGAAGCUGAAAAGAUCGAGAAGGAGAGACUUGAGGCCGAAAAGAUCGAGAAGGAGAGACUUGAAGCUGAAAAGAUCGAGAAGGAGAGACUUGAAGCUGAAAAGUUAGAGAAGGAACGUCUUGAAGCUGAAAAGCUUGAGAAGGAGAGAGUUGAAGCUGAAAAGCUCGAGAAGGCGAGAGUUGAAGCCGAGAAGAUCGAGAAGGAGAGAGUUGAAGCCGAGAAGAUCGAGAAGGAGAGACUUGAAGCUGAAAAGAUCGAGAAGGAGAGACUUGAGGUUGAAAAGCAAGAAAAAGAGAGAGUUGACGCGGAAAAAAUACAGAAGGACAAACUAGAAGCUGAAAAGCUCGAGAAGGAGAGACUUGAAGCUGAAAAGUUACAGAAAGAGCGACUUGAGGCAGAAAAUUUGGAAAAGGAGCGGGUGAAAGCUGAAAAGCUAGCUAAAAAACAAGCAAAGGCUGAAAAACUCGCUAAGGAACAAGCAGAAGCUGAACGGCUUGAAAAGGAGAGACUUGAAGCUGAAAAGCUCGAGAAAGAGAGACUUGAAGCUGAAAAACGAGAGAAAGAGCGCCUGGAAGCUGAAAAGCUUGUAAAAGAACGCCUAGAGGCUGAAAAACUAGAGAAGGAGCGCGUUGAGGAAGAGCAGCGGGAGAAGGAACGCCUAGAGGCUGAAAAGGCGGAGAAGGAGCACCUGGAAGCUGAAAAGCAAGAAAAGGAGCGAGUUAAAGCUGAAAAACUCGCAAAGAAACAAGCAAAGGCUGAAAAAUUAGCGAAGGAACAAGCUGAAGCUGAACGGCUUGAAAAGGAACGAUUAGACGCUGAAAAGCUCGAGAAGGAACGCUUAGAAGCCGAGAAGGUAGAGAAGGAACGCCUAGAAGCUGAAAAUCUAGAGAAGGAAAGAGUUAAAGCUGAACAACUCUCUAAAGAACAAGCUGAAGUUGAACGGCUCGAAAAGGAACGUCUAGAGGCUGAAAAACUCGAGAAAGAUAAACUAAAAGCCGAAAAGGAAGAGAAGGAGCGAGUCGAGGCUAAAGAGCGAGAGAAAGAACGAUUGGAAGCUGAAAAGCUCGAGAAAGAGAGACUCGAAGCUGAAAAGCUUGAGCAACAGCGACUCGAGAUUGAAAAGCAAGAACAGGAGCGCGUGAAAGCUGAAAAGCUUGCCAAGAAGCAAGCAAAGGCUGAAAAACUCGUUAAGGAGCAAGCUGAAGCUGAAAGGCUCGAGAAACAGAAGCUUGAGGCUGAAAAGUUAGAGAAAGAGCGCCUUGAAGCUGAAAAACUCGAGAAAGAGCGACUUGAAGCCGAAAAUCUUGAGAAACAACAAGCUGAGGCUAAGAAACUCAAGAAACAGCAAGUAGAUGCUGAAGAACUUGAGAAAGGAGGGGCCGAAAAGAAAAGGCCUUCUAAGAAAAAGAAAAAAGACUCCGAACCCAAUUUGGAAGUUGACAAGAAAGAAAAAGACGAUGCAGCAAAGAUACAAGCCACUAACGGUGAUAAGUUUGAACAUACUGAAACAGAAAAACUUCAGGAAGAUGUCGCAAAAACUAAGGAUGCUGAAAAAGAAAGCUCAGAGACUGAAAAGAAAAAGAAAGAGGGACUUGAAAAGAAAAAGGUGACAAAAAGCAAAAAGGAAGAAGACGAGAAAAAUGGAGCAAAAACGAAAACUGAUAAGCCUAAAAGGCUAAGCGCAGGUGAAGAACAACUACCUAAAGUAGAAGAAGGAAAAUCUAAACUGGAUCAUACCACAGACGACAAAGAAAAAGCUGGAGCGGAAAAACGUGAAAAAGAGGCCAAAGAAAAAGAACUAGAGAGCAAAAAAGAAAAAGAACGUCAAGAAGAAGAAAAGCGGAAAAAGGAAAAGGAUGCUGAGAAAAGAGAAGAGAAGGCUAAACUUGCCGAAAAGAAACGAAAACAAGAAGAAAAAUUCAAACUAGAGCAAGAAGAAAAGGCAUUAAAGGAAAAAGAAGCGGCUGAGAAAAAGAAAAAGGAUGAAGAAAAAUUAAAAGAGAAAGAAAGAUUAGAAGCUAUAGAACGAGAAAAUAAAUUAAAACAAGAAGAAGAAGAAAAACAAGAGAGGGAAAAGAAAAGAAUGGCAAGAUUUGAAAAGAAAACAAGUGAGAAAAGAAGAAAAAGGAUUGGAAGAGAAGAGGAAGAACGCAUGAAAUUAGAAUCAGAGGCAUUAGAAAAGGCUCGUAAAGAAGCAGCUAAGAAGAGGAAGGAAGAAGAAAAAGCUAGAUUCCUAAAAGAACAGGAAGAAAUCGAUAAACGUGAACAGGAGCUUAGAGAAAAUGAACGAAGAUUAAGACAAGAAAAGCGACGUCAAAUUGAAGAACAGUUAUUUGAUGAUACACAGAAGCCGUCAUCCACUUCUGAGGUACAAGUCUCCAAGCCUAGACGCACAACGAAUGGCGACGUGACGCCCGCAACUGAUGUAGACGACCAUUACAUAAAAGAGUACCACUACGAACCAACCAGACAAAGUUCCGUCGAACGAACCAAAUUCGUGGACCACAACCACAGAGAUUACACCAUGGAAUUCUCACGACCACCCGGUUACAGAGAGAGAACUUUUGAAUACGAAAGAUUCUCAGAAAGAGAGUCACUUGGCAGGAGUGGGGGGACUAUUUACAAAGCUAAGACUUUGGUAUUAGACUCGCAGCUAAGAUCUUCAGCGCCACCGCAACCUGUCAGUAGCGACGAAAGGAGGUCUGAAAGGUACGACAGAACAGAAUCUGACAAAAGGGUUGAGAGACAUAGGUCUAAAGCUUUAAGCGAAGCUCGCAGCUUAGUUUCGGAAAAGCGCUCCGGGCUGUCUAGAGACCUGAAAAGGAAACCUGUAUUUUCUACUUACCUUACCGACAGAACUGCCGUUGAAGGCUCAAGGGUCAAGCUAACAUGUAGUGUCUUGUCAUCAUCUGAUCCUAAAAUAACUUGGUACAAAAAUGGCGUGCUUCUUGAUGACAAAUUGAAGUACAGGACGAAGUUUAUCGAUGGGCUUAUUACACUUGAAGUUUUGAAUGCCGUUGUGAGUGAUUCUGCUGAGUAUACGUGCACGGUUGAGAAUGAAAAUGGAUCUGUGAACACUGUUGCCAACCUGAAGGUGUACCCGAGCUUCGAAGCUUCUCCCAUCCCACCGACCUUCACUAGAUCUAUUCGCGAUACAUAUCACUUGGCCGAAAACGAGCUGGUCCUAGAAUGCCGAAUCCGUGGGCAGCCGCUUCCUACGAUCACCUGGCUUAAAGACGACAAAGCCAUCACUACUAACGAGAGGUAUCAAGCCUACUACCUCGCUGAUGGCGUCUGCAGACUGUGUGUCAGCUCGCCGACUCCAGAAGACAGUGGGAAGUACACGUGCAAAGCUGAGAACUCAGUGUGGACGGAUCAGAUCACACAUAUUGUUAGCUUUACUGGUAAAGAAAAUCGCCUCAGUCCAAACUUGGCCACGCGAGAACGAUCUCACUUCAACCGCCAAGCUUUGGAGUCACGAAGACCUCAUUUCACUAACGUUCUAUCAGACUACAAGGUCGUCAAAGGGGGCACUAUAGGCCUGCAGGUAGAAAUCCGAGGCUGCCCUACCAGGGUAGAAUGGCUCCGAGAAGGUCGCUCCGUCACUGAAGUCUAUAGGAACGCAAGAACAUUUGUCGAACAGGGUCUUUAUACUCUCGCUCUUUCGGAUGUCACUGAAAAGGAAUCCGGUCUAUACACAUGCAGAGCGUGGAGUACUCAUGGUAACGUUGAUAUGAAUGCUGCGAUCACCGUGGUACCUCCCACAGAACACGAAGGCAAGCCUGCUAUCAUUGCCGGCAGGCCUGAUAAGGAUAUUCUCAUAUCUGUUGGCGAAGAUGUCAAUAUUUCAUUCAGGGUUCAAGGCGAGCCUAAGCCUAAGGUGGUAUUCAUGAAAGGCAUUCGGGACAUCACGACCAGCCAGCGAGUCUGCAAGAUGACGUCUGAUGAUUACGUCAAGUUCACGUUGAAGAGAUCCGUGGUUUCUGACGCUGGUACUUAUUGCAUUCUUGCGAGGAACGCGUAUGGAUGCGACCGUGCGUUCGUCACUGUUGUGGUAAGACAGCGAGCUUCGUCCGAAAACUUAAUAUCAGACUGGACAUAUCCUUUGGAUGAUUCGGCUUUGUCAAUUUCUGAAAGGAAGUACAAAUCCGUGCCGGACCGCAUCCCGGGUGAGCCGAGCGUCGUGGACGGAGGCAACAACUGGGUCUCUCUCGCCUGGCCGAAAGCCGACCCCCGCGACACCGCCCCAGUGCUCGCCUACAAGAUAGAAAGCUGGCUUCUCGGCAAAGAAGGUGGAGCCCGCUGGGUUGAACUCGGCAUAACCCCCUUAAACUCGUUCGACGCUUUCAACCUAAAACAAGGCGAAGAAUACCACUUCCGAGUGACUCCUAGAAACAGAUACGGGUGGGGAGAAUCGGUGCAAACAUCAACACCAUUUGGCGUUGGCCUAGCUGGAGACCGACCGGAGUUUGUGGAGAUCUUGCCAGGACAACUGAAGGUGUUAGCGGGCGAGACGGCGAACUUAAGCUGCAGUGUGAAGGGCAAGCCGGUGCCUGAAAUAGUUUGGAUGAAGAAUGGGCACGAGAUUGAGGAAGAGAGCCGGAUGACGACUCUGUACAACGGUCAAGACUGUUCGUUGACGAUCAAGGACAUUUGUAUUGAAGAUGAGGCGAGAUACAGCUGCGAGGCGUCCAAUGUCCACGGCAGAGCGUCGACGUAUGCGAGACUGGCCGUCGUGACAGACAGACUCAUAUGGGAAGCUGAUGCUAAGCUUAAGAGGGAGCGUUCCCAAGAUGCAGAAGGCGACUACCCUCCCCAGUUCACGAUGCGGCUCCGAGACCGUCGCGUGCAGGCCACGUACCCCGUGCGACUGACGUGCCAGGUCGUCGGCAACCCACCGCCGACCCUCAACUGGUUCAAGGAUGGAGAGCAUUUGGUGCUUGACAGUCGCCGCAGUGUCUACCAGGACGAACACUUCCAUACGCUCGAAAUAGCCCCCACGACUCUAGAAGAUGGAGGGGUGUAUGAGGCCAUGGCCAGGAACAGCAGUGGAGCAGUCAGCUGCCGAUGUAGCCUGGUGGUAGACAAGGGCAUCAGGGCAUACGUGGCUCCCGAGUUCUGCUGUGGACUUGAGCCUCUCUACAGAUUGCGUGAAGGUGACGAGCUCCGAAUAUCAGCCGUGGUAGAAGCCUACCCGUCCGUUGGCGUGACUUGGUACCGCGAUGGCGUCAGGCUCCGUCCAAGCCGCCGCGCCAUCAUGACCCUAGACCGUGACGGACAGAUAGAACUGGCUCUCGCAUUCGUCACGUGCAGAGAUGCAGGAGUGUACACCUGUACCGCUUCUAAUGAGGUGGGGAGAGCCUCAACGUCGGGGAAGGUGGAAGUAGUGGCUGGCGCACAGCCUCGAGAGAAGAGGACGCCGCCAGUCGUGAUUAAUGCACCUGAUGAACGGUACUCAAAAGAACCGAUGUUCGUCCGAAAGCCGCGCUCCAGCGAAGCAAGGGAGGGUGACACAGUCAUCAUCGCGUGCGAGGUGAUUGGGGAUCCCAAACCUGAUGUGUACUGGUUACGUGACUUCUUAAAGCCGGACUACUACCGCGACGCAACACAUUUCAAGCGCGUUGGAGACGGACCUGAAUAUCGGUUCGAGAUUCCCCACGCUAAGCUCGAUUACACUGGAGCUUACUCCGUAGUCGCCAGGAAUGUGCAUGGAGAGGCUAAGGCGAUUAUAUCACUGCAGAUUAAGGCUAAAGAUCCAUCAUCGACAGACGAUACACAUAACGUCAGAUACGGGCGAGUGGAAGUGAUCCCCCGUUUCGAGAGGGAGCUGACAGAUUUGCUGUCAUACGACGGAGAUGCGGUGGAGUUCGAGUGUCACGUCACUGGCAACCCCGAGCCUGAUAUCAAGUGGUUCCACUAUAAUGAGUUAAUCCGAGACUGCGAUGACUUCGAGUCGACGUUUGAAGAGGGCGCCGCUCGGCUCAAGAUCAAACAAGUGACGGCGGAGGACGAGGGAACGUACUCUUGCGAGGCUUCUAACAACCUUGGCAAGGCAACCUCUAGUGCCUGCCUCGUUGUUUACCCUCCUGGUGAGCCGAACACCCUGAGUCAGCGUCUACGUAGACCGCCAGCGUUGCUCUCAGCAGCCUCCACGCCUCGGUCCACCCCGAGGAGUACGCCUGCCAGAUCCGUCUCCAGAACUCCUGGUCCUGACACCCGCCGUCUCUGCAGCCCCACCAGACAAAUGGCCCCCUCUUUCUACACAUACCCCUUCAAUAAGGUCGUGGAAGAGGGUGAAAAUGUUACCUUCAAAUGCGCAGUCAAGGGCCAGCCCGCACCCUGGGCUACCUGGGACAAAGACGGGAUAAUCAUCACACCUUCUGCAAGAUUCACCAUCAAGGAAAAAGACGAACUAUUAAGAAUUCUAGAAAUUGAACAAGUUACGAUAGAAGAUGUUGGAGUAUAUAGGAUUACUAUUGAAAAUGAAUUCGGAAGGGCUGAAGCGUCGGCAAGACUUGAGGUUAUAACGCAGAAAGGAAAGUUUUACGCUGGUGUCAGAGCUUACAGUGCGUCUCCAAGAAAAUCGCUGACUUACAGGAGGUACCCGUCGGUUCCGAGACAAGACUGAGGAGCUGGGUCGGUAUGAUUAUGAAAGGAAACAACACGUGUGAAGAUUAUAAUAAUUACCUAUAAAUGAAGUAAUUUGUUUUUGUUCUAUUGUAAUUUAUUUUCUGUGCAUUUUAUUUAUUACUUUUUUACUCGUAUGACGUAACUUUGUUUUCAUUGCAAAGUAAGAAAAGUUAAGUUUUUGUUUUUUUUUUCUGUUAGGUUAUUCUAUGAAGGUCGGUUUACAUGUCACAUUUAAAAAUAAACUAUGGAAAAGUAAAUAACUAUUUGUAUGUAGGGUUUGCGAUUUUGUAUUUAUUAUGAUUUGUAUAGGAAUUAAGAAAGAUAAAAAUGCACCCAGUUAUGUCGGGGUUUGUCUUAUAUGUGUAUUAAAUUACAUUGCACUAUAAGCAACUAAAACUUGUGGCUUAGUACUAAUUAUUUGAAAACUCAUUUUUAGACUUUAAAUCUAAGUUUGUUGUUCUAGUCGAAACUGGAUUUGCUUGCGAUUAGGCUAUUAUUAUAAGUACAAAUAAACCAAAAAUAUAUGGGAAUUGAUGUUAUUUCUGCUGCUGGUUAUGUCUCAUCAGAGACUCCAUUUAUGAAUCACGUCGAGUGAAAAUUCUAUCGACAUGUAAAUCGAUCUUACUGACAAUAGUUAUAGAUAUAUUAUAAAAGUAUUACUUGUAAAGAUUUAUUCAGCGUUGCCUAUAAGUAUGAUAGUCCACAGUUAGGACCUCGGGGUAUUGGGAAUUUUCAAAUAAAUUUUAUGACGAGUUA